AUGGAGGUAAAUGGUACGGUGGAAUUUGAUGGAACCGGACGUCUUCGUUACCCUACGACGACGGGGACAAUUUUAUUCAGUAUUGAAGUAGCAUUCUCAUUAAUAGCGAAUUUUUUGGUUGUGUUCUUGUUCGCAUGUCGCAGACGUCUGCUUUGUAAUCCUCAUAAUCGAUGUAUUUUAAGUUUGGCUAUAACUGAUAUCCUAACAUCCAUUACAGUUUUUUUCAGUCCUGGCUUGGUUUUGAAGGAGAAAUUUCAAAACGCAAAAGAUUAUUCUUACGUAACUCGGGAGAUUUACUGUCGUUUCAUUUAUAGUAACUUUUUGCCGUUUGCUCUCGCUGUAACAUCACUGUAUACGUCCGUUGUACUCGCGUUUGAACGUUGGUUAGCUGUUAGACGAAGCAUAUUUUACAAGACUAGUUUCAAGAUUCGACACAUGAAUAGGUUAAUCAUGGCGUCUUGGAUUGCCGGAUUCACAGCUGAGGUUCCUAUUAUGAUCAUGAUGAAAGGCGUUUAUGAUCAACCCGAAGAAAACUGUCGUUAUAUUGUGGCAGAAAACAAGGUAUUAACUCUUUGCCUUUCGGUUGCAUUCAUUGUAUUUCAAAUGGUGAUACCUUUAACGCUCAUUACGAUCGCAUACGUUGACACAUUUCGCGGAAUCAGAGCGUCACUGAGAUUCACAGAAUCUGCUAGAACUGAAAACAUCAACUGCAUCAAAAGAUCAAAGAAAGUCACGAAAGUAGCCGCUAUAACAACAUUUAUUCUGACAGUUUGUUGGGUAACAUGUUCUAUUCCAUUCUUCGUAUCUUUAUUAGCAUUUGAUCCACUUAACGAUUACCAAGACCCGUUGGUGGUGGUGAUAGGUUUACUCGCUUUUGCUAAUACGUGCAUAAAUCCUUGUAUUUACGUGUUUUCAAAUCCUGAAUUAAGGCAUGCUCUGAAGGAUGUACUCCUUAAAAACACUCCACAACACACUCAGUCAGGAGGAGCAAGAGCCCAUGGACAAUGA